AUGGCUUGUUUGCUGGAGAGAAAAGGGGAAAACCUUCAAUUUGACGGAGACAAGCUGCGCCAGGACCUACAGGAAAAUGGAUACGUAGUGGUCCCUAACCUUUUGAUCUCAGAAGAAUGCGAUACCUUGACGUCACAAUAUAAGGACUGGGUGGGCGAGUUUGAGGAUGGGUAUAUCCCACUUCAGAAGAGAACCUCCGUUAUCCAGUCUUAUAGGGUUGGUCAUUUUAAGCCGAGCUGGGAGGUACGCCUGAGGGCCAAGAAAAUUUUCCAGGAAGUUUGGGGAACAGAGAAACUACUCUCCAGCAUUGACGGGAUUGCGAUUUCUAAACCACCAGAAAAAGCAAAUGAAUACCGAGACAUUCAUAAGGAUUGGCUGCAUGUGGACCAAGGGAUUCGCAGAGAGGGUCUGCACGCAUACCAAGGCGCUGUUUACCUGGAGGAACAAACAAAGGAUGAUUACUGCUUUCGGGUACUCUCGAAAUCUCAUCUUUACCACUCGGAAUUCUUCAAGACGUUUCCAAAUGCAGUAACUAAAACAGAGCGUACUGAUUUUUAUAAAUUAAACAACACAGAGAAAGAUUUUUACUUUAAAAAGGGGUGCACUUUCGACUGUGUUCCGGUGCCGAAAGGAGGGAUAGUUUUAUGGGAUUCACGGACGGUUCACGAUAAUACUCCGCCGGUCUCGGAGAGACCGAACCACGACAGGUGGCGCUUUGUUGUCUUUGUAAGUAUGACGCCUGCCAUCUGGGCGAGUGAAAAAGACAUGGAGUUCAAACAAGAUGUAUACAGGCGGAUGCUUCUUACUUCACACUGGUCAUCUCAGGGGCUGAAAACAUUCAAGGAAUAUAAAGUUGGAAACUGGAAAAAGCAAGCAAAUAUCAGCAUUGAUUAUUUACCAGACGUUGCAAGAAAACAAGAAGCCAAACUGUUGGCUGGAGCCGAGCGAUAUGAUUUCUAUGAUGGAAGUCCGAAUGGACCAGACGCACCGAAAUGGAGAUUUGGCAUUUAUUAAAAUUUACUUUUCCUAAAUUUGCUUCAAAAUC